AUGGCCCAAGGGCGUGCUGACCAGUCUACGAACAAUCACAGAAUCCUAACUGCCCUUCACACCACGACAAAGACUUGUUCAUUAAAUCGAAUCUCUUUACAGUCUCGAAAGCGGUGGCAAAGGCCGCAAACUUUAAACCUCUCUUACGCGACCGAACAAUCUUACGACAUUUACGAUGAUGAAAAUGAACCUUCGACUCCACCAAAGGUUCCAUGCUUUUCACCUCCUCCAAACCUGGUUAUGGUCUCCGAAAAUCUCAAUCUUGCUCCCUUCUCCCAACGUGCGGUUGUCGACUUUGGCGAUUUUUUAACCGUCGGACUACCAUCCACUCGCUACUUGCGUCUCCGUAAUCUCCAAGCUUCAUCCAUAACCGUUCACUGUAAGCGCUACCCAACUAGUGAUGAAUUCACCCUCUCCUGGCUUCUGACAACUAAGGAGAAUGCUGAAAACCUCCCAGAUCCAGAGACUCAAGCUCUCAUCGAUACCUCUGCCCCCCCAAUCAGUCUAAUCUCUUCCCAAACCAUCCAUUUGGGUCCUCAUGGUGACUGCCUUCUGCGGGUGAUUUGGACACCAAAACCGGGUCCUUUGCCAUCAGUUUUGGGCGCAAAGGCGUCCGGGUCCACAAAGCUUCGUCAUGUUCUGCAAUUUCGAUUCAGUGGCGCAGCUGUUGUGGAAGCAAUACUUGUCGCUACUAGUGUGAAGCAGCCCACUAGAGGUGGUAAAAAGGUGUGGAAGCGGCCUCAUAACUUUUUGAGCACGGAACGAGGGACUUUUUUACUACCUCUCUCCAACUUAAAUAUGGACCUCAACGGAAAUGUUAUCGAACGCGGCAAAAGUGGUCCAGUGUCUCAUUGUUCCACGUCCGCACAGUCGGUUGAGGCGACCCUUCGGCCCUCUCGACCUUCCGAAGUGUCUUUGGCUGCUGGGAAGAGAAGGCUGAUGCGUUCCUCGUCAGGACUUCGAGCUCUGGCCGCAUUUAUGACCAGUCGCGAUCGGCAUCGUUCCCAAUCGUUGGACAUGAGGGAUGCAGUCUCGGUCCUGGCGGCGGAGGAUUUUCGGACGCCUCGGCGAUCUAUCUCUACCGCGAACGAUCUACAGCGAACUCCGGAAAAUGAGGCAACCUCCUUCAUCUCGCCCGCUCUUCUUUCUCCUGUGGUGAAGAGAGACACUAGUAUCAUCUUUGCCACUGGUGCUUGUCGCAGUGGGACUAGCAGCACCGCUGUCACUUCUACCACAAGCAUCAACAACAGUAGUGCCAAUAUCUUCGGUUGGGACGCCUCAGCUGCUCUCUCUGCGGCCAAUGAGACUGGCUUCACUCGGUGGCUAAAUCACCUUUUCGCUAGUGGGCAAAUCACUCGAUCUUCUGUCUCUGACGGUGAUCCUGCAAGCCGGGCAGAAGGUCCCCGUGCGGCUCUUUUGCGCCUCCUUCAUUCCCCAACCUUUGCUGCACCUGCACAUCGCAUCGAACGCGAGAUUGAUGGCCAGAGACUGGUGGUCAAUCGGGAUCUCAAUUUUCGUGACGAUAAGGGUCUUCAACGUUGCAUCUGUGACCUCUUUACCUCUCACUAUGCAUCCGUUUGGCUGUCGCCCUGUGUGGACGUGUUGACUGAACUUGUGCAGUCGCCAGAAGCACCCAUGGCCAUCGUAGCAAAAGCUUCCGCAUUGAGCAGGCGGGUUCACAGGUGCCUCUUUGCUGAUGUGCCUCCGCUGCCAAAGAAGAAGGGGACGAGGAAAAAAGCCAACUCAGCAGGAGAACAUGAAGCCGACCCGAUGUUACUUGCAAACUGGAAAUCAGUGGGAGCCACAUCCUACACUGAACACUACAACCAGCAAAUCGUGAAGCGUUGUCUCACCCUCAUUUGGCUGUUGGAUCAGGCUAAGAUGAAGAGGGUUUUGCGACUCGACCCAUGCCUUUUCAAUGUAUCAGCCCCAGUGAAGGCGAGGCUCGGUGAAGGACGACCCAAUUGUCGAUCCAAUUCGUUUGCCGACUUCAAUUAUGCUGCAUGCCUUUCAUCUAUGGAAGUUGGAAUUUUCAUGCUCCAUUAUUCAAUACUUCUCUUUUGUUCCGCCAGUAAAUUGGCUGAUCUGCUGUUGCCAGAUGCACGGACCAUUUUCCCUGCCCAUAAUGGUAGUCUCAUGAAUCUGGUGCGCUUUCCGGCCAUCAGCCGGUUACAGAAGAUCCACAAUGUGCAACUAGCUCUCUCCGCAUUUGAGACUGUUGCUGGAAGACGUGGUCUAUGCACUGCUGCUGGCAAACCAAUCACCGAACGCGACAUCGUAAACGGUCACAGGGCGAAAACUCUCUCCCUCCUCUGGUUCAUUCUUUUGCGCUUCCAGGUCACGGCUCUCCUUGAUCCGCCCGCUCUUCGCUCCGAAAUUUCCCGCCUCACCGCUACCAACGUCUCUUUGCGCCGCGAUGUUGAAGCUCUGCUUAUGGCCAAUCCGUCGUUGUCCGCUUGUGGUGAUGAAGGGAACAACCCGUUGGUAGAAAUGGAGUGCAACCAGCGAAUCCUGUUUGUGUGGGCUAGGGCGGUGUGUUUCAGUGGUGGAUAUGAUGAGGAUGUUAAGGUUGAAAAUCUAGAUCAAUCUUUCUCGGACGGUCGCGUCUUUUGCUACAUCUUGCACUUCUACCUUCCCACCCUCUUGCCACGUGGUCUGGUUCGAGGUGCCACUACGCAGACGGCACACCUUCAUCCUGACAUUCCUCAUCCCCUGCUGUUGCGCAACAAUGUGGCGAAUCUGCGACUCUUCCAACAGCGACUCUGGCACCUGGGUGACGUGCCCAUGCUUCUGAACGUCGGUCCAAACCUUCCCACCACUGCAAAUACCAUCACGCCGAACUUUACCACCGCCGACGUCAAUCACCAUCCUCCCAGCACUCUUCUUCCCCCAGGUAUUGUGCUCACCACUCUGGCUUAUCUUGCUUCGCGUCUCAUCUGCGGUAAGGGUGGUGGCUCCUCUCGUUUACGUCGCAUUGUUGAGAACCACGCUGCGCGCAUCAUCCAAACGCGUUGGAGGCAGAAUCGUGCAACACAAGGCUCACAAUUUCGUCCGAAAUCUGUCUUUUCUCAUCUUCCCACAAUUCACAGUCUUUGUUCCUCCCCCUCCACCAACACGUCUAUGGAGAUGGAAGUCGGUGAAAAUGUUGCUGCUAAUGCUUCCGAGAAGGAUGAGGUUGUGGUAUCUACCCCUGCCACCGUUUUUACGGAGAUGGGAGUUAUUGAAGCCGCAGUGCGUAUUCAGCGUGCAGUGCGUGCGUGGCUUGAGGCGUGUCGACGAUGUCGGCAAAAGCAGUGCUUCGUGGUGGAGGUCCAGGCCCAGGCCAGGGCCUUCCUUGCUCGACAGAGAGUUCUGGCGCGUCAGCAACAAGCUCUAGAGACCCAAGUUGACGCUGCGGUAGUUAUUCAGAGCGUGUGGAGGGCGUAUGCUGCAAGACGCAGAUUUAUUGACCUUCGCUCAAGUGUAAUUCGUCUCCAAGCCUUCUGUCGUGGCGUCCUCGCCCGACGUGCCUUCCAGACGACUCUCGCGACGCGUUCAGCCGCUGCCGUGGUCAUUCAACGCUGGUGGCGAUGUCGUCAACAACGGCGUCAAUUCCUUCUUCAGCGCCAAGUUGUCUGUUUAAUCCAGCGCCGAUGGCGAAGCACUCUUGCCUACAGGACGCGUCUGCGUCUGGCUGUUCAACUACAGGCAGCUGCCAGAGCCUACCUCGUGAGGCGAGAUGUUGCGAUGAAAAUGCAUGCCAUAUUGACCCUGCAGAGGCAUAUGCGCAGGUGGCGGGCGCUUUGUCGUAAACGUACAACUGCCGCCUGCAUCAUCCAACGUUGGUGGUGUGCUGUAAAACAACGACGCGCCUUUCUGCGCACCCUGCAUGCUGUCCGACGUAUUCAGCACUGGUGGCGGGGUUGCCUUCUUGAGAGGCAAAGAGAAGUGGCUGCUGCAAUUGCUAUUCAACGCGCUUGGAGAUGGUCACGAGUUCGACAUCAAAGACGCGUUGAGGAAAGGUUGAGGCGGAUUCAUAUCAUGCAGAUGCACGCUACUGCGGCCACGACCAUUCAACGAGCCUGGAGACGAUUCCAAGUCCGUCGUCAACGUCAACGCUUGGCCAAUGCUGCUGCUGGGACAAUUCAACGAGCCUGGAGGACGUACAGGCAGAAAAAGCAGUCGGUGGUGGAAGAGGAGAGAGCAGCUUACGUGAUUCAGCGCAACUGGCGAGCCUCAGGACUGCAGCGUUGGUUGCACCGCAGGCGGCGGGCGGCUAUCGUCAUUCAGUCAGCUUGGCGUGGAUAUCGCGUUCGUUGUAGCGGUGGGAGCACUGCUGCGACUCUGCGUCGACGUCUGAGCGAGGCGACUGAGGAGGCGCGCACUCGUCCACACAACACACUGGGCGCUCGUGCCCGCUGCGCUCUGGCCAAUCUGUUGCGAUACACGUCUGUGGCGAGUGUGCUGGACGCUCUCGGUCACUUGGAAACCUCCACUCGUUUAUCACGCGAGGUUUGCCUCUGGCUUCUCACCACCCCAACUUCAACUACACCAGCCACAGUGACAUCACAGUGUGGCGACUGUGGUGGAUGUGAUGAGAAUGCAGAGUAUCUUCCCCACAUCCUUCUGCGUCUUCUGCACCUUUGCAACCGUUCUGUCCCCGAUGAGGAGGUCGCACUGGCAGCCGUUGCAGUUAUGCUCAACCUGACAGUCGCUGUAGACAGCUCCGACGUUGGUACAUUGGAAAUGUGGUGGCAGCGGCGAGUGUUGGAUGAGGGAGGAUCUUCACAAUCAGAGUCCAUUGUGGAGUUCCUCUUUGGCAGUCUGCAUCGGUUGUCGCGAGCAAAACCUGGUACCUCAAGCCUUCGCCUCUUCGCCCGUAUCGCAGCCCUUCUGGCCAUCCUCUGCGAGGCACUGCCGCCCGACUUUGCGUUGCCCACUGAUUACGUCGGUGAAGUGGAGACCCUCCUCUCCCUUGUCCAACGUCUUUGGUCUAACGCACUCUCCCGAUUGCCCGUGAGACCGGAGGUGCGACUCCUUCUCCGACGUCAUCAGGCGCAUGAGUCUAGGAGGGAUCUGCUGCGUCGACUUGUCACACUGGAGCUGAAUUUGGAGCGUUUGCCAUCGAAACCACAGGUCAAUCCACUGACUGUCUGCGAGUUCCUCCUCCUGACACUUCGAGAGCAUCAACGACGACAUAAGCAUUACCAUCAGUUGAAGCAGAAGCACGAGGGCUGA